AAUCAAUACGUCUGACUUCUGCAGAAAUGGGUUGAAAGUCUUAGUUCUUUGAUAUUUAUGAUUGAUGGGUGAAAUGUUUCUUAUAUAAGGGAACAAUAAAGUUCUAUUUAUAGAAACAUGGAGAACCAUUCCAAUCUUUUGGGCUUGAGACUUGGCUUGAAUUCUCGGCCUUCGAAAAUGCCUCUUAAAAAACAAGGAAUUCAUCGAGAUUGUCCCUUUUCUGACACAAGUGCAUCUGGCCCUAAAAUUUAUGCAUUCUGGGCAUUGGUUGUUGUACUUUGUAUAUUAGCUUGGGGAAACAUGAUAUUAACAAUUGUCAUAUUUCGUGUUUUACAUCUUGGUCAAGGAAUGGAAAGCAUGGAAUUUAUCCCAGAUCAUGGUAUAAUAAAAUUUUAUGGUGAAGCAAUUUUUGAAAAACUUUACAAACCAGAUGGCCAAAUAAAAGGUUUUGACAAUUCACCUUUUGAGAUAACUGGAAGAAAGGGUGCUGUUAUCUUUGAAGUUGAAGACAAUAAAGGAAAAAUCAAGAAUACAUUUAAAAUAGAACAAAAUGGAACACAUGUGAGAGGAGUGAAAUCUUUUAAUGUUGGAGAAUCUUUUUCUACUAAUUCUCCCAAUAUAGCUGGUGCAUCAAAAAAUCUUGAAGCAAAAUUGGUGAGUACAGGGCAUAUUACAAGUUCGUUGGAUGAAAAAUUGGUACUAAGAUCAGAUAUGUACACCAGACUAAGCGGAAGUGAAGGUACUAACAUAGAAGGUAAAGAAAUAUUUUGGACUGCUGAUCAACAAGUUUAUUUGAAAAGCAUUAACGGAAGUAUUAUGUUAAGUGGAAAGGAAGGAGUCAGUAUUGAUGUUACUAAAAUUCCUAUUGUCAGGAGUCGAUCAACCUUCUUAACUACCCAGUAUAAGGUUUGUGUUUGUAUGCCUCAGGGUAAGUUAUUUCGGGUCCCUGUUUCAAAAGACUUUAGUUCACAUGCUGCCUGUUACAAUAUUGAUGUUUCACCUCAAUUUGAUCCCUGCAUGUAAUGUUUUUGGCAUAGGUCUUUUUUUUUUUUAAUUUUUAAACUUAUUUUAUUUGUUUUAAUUUAAUCCAAGUAAAACUAAAAUGGACUUUUUUAAAACCCUGAAACAUGAAUAAUUGGUUAUUUAUUUACCAUAUGCUGGUCAGCUGUAGUCUACCCAUCGUCUGUAGGGAAUUUUUAUUUAUUUUAAAGUUUUCAUUGUAUUUAUAAAAAUACUAAAUAAAUGAAAAUUUGCAUGUAUAAUUAUUGAAAUGCGCAAGAACUUCAGGUUUUUAUUUGAUAUCAAAGAAAGCCAAAUAUUAUUGAAAGGAUUAAUAAAGUUUAGUGAAACAAAUAUCUGAUUAAUUUAAACUUAAAAGUUAAUUAUCUUGAAUCAUUGUAAAAAAAAUUACGUUUUAUUCCUUAUUUUACUUUUAUUACAUUUUUUAUCGAUACAUUUACCUAAAGGUAGUAUCCGUAAUAUUAUGAGACUUCAAAGUGGCUUGUGAAGUCCUUUGGGGACCUGGUUUAGAGCAUGUCUCUAGUUUGGAAGAAAACCUGCACGGCUUAUAAAUUGAAUUGAAUUGAAACGUAGUCAUAAUAAUUUUAUGGCAGUUUAUGAUUAUGCAAAAGUGAAAAAUUGUCAAUUUUAAGUUGUGCCAUAUUUCUUCCAAGACUGUAUGAAUACGAGUAAUAAAAGACAUGACAUUUGACCUAACAGUUUAUUCAACUCUUACAUUUCUCAUUUUAAAGGAAUUUAUUUUGUAAAUGGUAUCUUUCUGUAAUUUUUGCUUUUUACAAGAUUUUUUUGUUUUUUUUAUUAAAGAUGAAUCUAAGUUGGGAUUGUAGUUAUUAAGAAUUUCACUGCCAUUAGUUAAGGAAAUUAAUUAAGUUUUUAUAGUAAAAAUUAUUGCUGGUAGUCAAGAUAAAGUUAUUAAAUUACUAAGUAAGAUAAAAUUUAUUUUUAAAAUAAAGCAUAAUGGAAGAUUUUGUAGAAUCAAAUACACAAAAAAAUGUUAGUAACCGGUUUCAAUUGAUUAGAAAUAAUUAUUAACAAUACAUGUUCUAUCUGUCUCAUUCUUUCUUCAGUAAAUUCUUAUUUAUUUUAUGCUCUUGAAGAUCUGUAACUGUUAAAUAUGUGCACCUGCAUUUUGUCAUUCCUUGAAUGUACAGUUGCGGAAGAUAGUUAACUGGAGGAAUGUAUUUAUCCAAUUGAGUUAACUAUAUGAAUAUUUCAAGUCCAAGCUCAAUAAUUCCCACCUCUUUAUAUAUCAUUAUAUUCACUUAAAAAGUAUUCAAAAUUAUGAAGAUAAUAACAUAUUAUGUUGUUUAUGAUAAUUUUCAUUUGAGCUGAACAUUAUUAGAUUGUUAAUAAAUGUUGAUAUGGAUAGAUUAAACAGAAAACGGGUUAAAUGGCAACUGAUGACCCUGGAUACCAAAGGUGUUCCAAGUUAACAUAUCUAAACAUUAGAUUUUACGAAUGACAGAAAAGCCCCAAAAUAUCCUCCAUAAAAUAAUUAAACAAAGUUUUAAAUCUAUGGCCUCUUUAAGUUGAAACCUGUUUUCUUAAAGUGUCCAGAAAUGGGUACCACUUCGCAUCACUUCUCAUCUUGAACUGCCCCUGAAUAUUGAAAAGCCUUUUCCUAACUUCCAGCAGUAAUUUAUACUUUUUUAUAUUUAUAAGAUUAGUUUUAAGAUUUACUAUUUUAGAGCUUAGCUUUUAAGUGAAAUCCAUUGACUUGCAUAAAUAUACAUUAUCUUAUAAUUGGAAUGUGGAGAUUGCUUUGUUAAAGAAGACUUAUUUGUUUACACAUUUUUUAAUUAUUUGUUAUAGAAUUAUUUUUCUUUAUGUUUGAAUUAUAAACAUAAUAAAUUUACAGAACAUAAAUUAUGUUCAUAUUUA